AAAAUAUUGUCGACAUCAUUUGCUAACAGAGCCCCUGAGAUACAUCACAUUUUAAUACGUAUUCAUCAAUUCAUUCAUUAUGCAUAAAGAGUUCAAAUGGGUUAAUAAACUCUCCGGCGCUCGUCUCUUUAUUAUCGGUGGAACUUCCGGUAUUGGGUUCGGGGUUGCAGAAGCAAGCGUGGAACAUGGCGUCUCAUCUCGAAUCUUGUCUUCAUCCCCAAAGACUCGGUUAGAGGAAGCUAACUCCAAACUCAACGAAUCAUAUCCCAACUCAUCUACCGAUAUCACUGCUCGGAUUGUCGAUCACAUUGUUUUCACAGCAGGUGUUGCGCUAGCACUGAAGCCAUUCGGAGAAGUCGAUUUUGAAUCUAUGAAGCAAACGGGAACGGUUCGCUUCUUUGGCGCCCUCCUCGUAGCCCGAUACGGACAUAAAAACCAUGCUCCAUCACACAAAAGUUCAAUUAUAUUGACAUCCAGUGUCUCUAGCAAAAAGCCCAUUUCAGGAUGGACUGUCACAAGAUCCUAUCUUAGUGGGCUUCAUGGCACGAUGAGGGGUUUGGCUUAUGAUCUAAAGCCUAUCCGUGUCAGUCUGGUCACCCCCGGCGGCGUGGAUACGGAAAUGUGGAACAUACUGGAUCAAAAGUCGAGGGUUACUCUGAUUAAAGGAUUGAAGAGACAGACCACAACAGGCCAUGUAGGAACGGUUGAAAGUGUUGCAGAGGCGUAUUUGUACCGUCUCAACCAUUAG